AUGGUUUUUUAUAAAAUUGGAAGAGCGUUUAUGAGAAUUUUCAUUUUGAUAAACCUUUUAGUUUUCAUAACAAUUGCCGCAGUGUUAGGAACCGUUUUAAUUUACGUAAUAACUUUAAUUAACAAUAAAAAAUUAGAAAAAUGGUUCAGAUACUUUUUGUUAUACAUGCAAGCUAACAUUGUGUUUAUUGUUUUUGGACCGUUUUUUCCCUUUCCUAUAACGGUAAGAUUUAAUAAGAAGGUUAUUAAAUCUAAGAAGAGUAUUUUAAUAUCCAAUCAUAUUUGUGAUUAUGAUUGGAUUUAUAUGUUGGUGUUGGCCUACCAGUGGGAUAAAUUAGAGGAUUUUAAGUUCAUUAUGAAAAAAGAAUUAAGUGAAGUUCCUCUUUUAGGUACUAUUCUUAAAUUUGAAGGUAACGUUUUCUUAGAAAGGGGUAAUAAAGAACGGGAUAUCGAGAUACUUACGAACAAGGGUAAAGAAUUUUCUAUGGAAGAUAGGCAAUUACUAUGUUUCUUCCCUGAAGGAACUUAUCCUGAUAUUAAGAGUUUCCAAAAAUCUAUUAAAUAUGCUGAGAAGUCUGGAAUACAACAUUCCAAUGGAGCUUGUUUUAUUCCUAAAAAUGUUUUGUUACCAAGAUCUAGUGGAUUUGAUAUUUUAAAGGAUUCAUUUACUUAUGACGGUAUAAUAGAUGCAACGAUAUUCAAUAAUCCUUAUAACUUUAUUUAUAUUAACGAGUCAUCAUUGAUGGACUUUUUUAUAUUCGAAAAGUUUCCUAUUGCACACUUUUUCCAUAUUGAAUUCUUUGAAUCUUCUGAAGUUGGAGAUGAUUUUAUUACUCAAGCUUUUACUAAUAAAGAUAAAAUUCUUGAAAAGUAUAAUGAAAAAUACGAUGGAAAGUUUAUUAAUAAACAAGAAAACGUUAUUAAAAUUUUAGACGAGGUUGAUAUUAAAAAUAAAAAUGAAUAUGAAACAGCUACUUACUACAUAAAAUCCAAAUAUAGAUAUCUUGUCUAUUGUUUCAUUGGAUAUUUUUAUAUCAAACUAAUUUUUAAGUUCUUUAGUAAGUAA